AACCUCCCAUAUAAAAAUUGAACGAUAUAAUUUCUUCUCCAUCAUUCUGUGUGCGACCCCAGUCUUACAGAGAACAUACCAGGUGCUCCAAUGGCUUCGAGCCAACGCCCCCUCCUCUCCCAUUCACCUUUGUCUCACCCAAUUAAAGAAACCUUCAUCUAGCAAAAGCACUUCAACCCCUGAAUGGAAUCCAUCAGAUUCAGCUUCUCAGCCGUUUUAUCUUGGAUCCCAUUACACUACAAGCCCAACUCUCCAAAUUAACGAAAGCCCAACUUAAACCCCCUUUUCAAUUUCAACAAUUUUCCAUAAAUUUUGUCCCUUUGAUUCUGCAUCCAUGGAAGAAAGGACUGUCUUGUUUGGGAAAUACGAGAUGGGGAGGCUUCUGGGCAAAGGGACCUUCGCGAAGGUCUACUAUGGCAGACAAAUCGCCUCCAACGAAAGCGUGGCGAUCAAAGUGAUCAGCAAAGACCAGGUGAAGAAAGAAGGCAUGAUGGAGCAGAUCAAGCGAGAGAUCGAAGUGAUGCGUUUAGUUCGUCACCCAAACAUCGUCGAGCUCAAGGAGGUCAUGGCCACCAAGACCAAGAUCUUCUUCGUCAUGGAGUACGUCAAGGGCGGCGAGCUCUUCGCGAAGGUCGCCAAGGGGAAGCUGAAGGAAGAUCAGGCCCGUAAAUACUUCCAGCAGCUGAUCAGCGCCGUCGAUUUCUGCCACAGCCGAGGCGUCUCCCACCGCGAUUUGAAGCCCGAGAAUCUGCUGGUCGACGAGAACGAAGAUCUGAAAAUCUCCGACUUCGGCCUCUCCGCCCUACCGGAGCAGCUCCGGAACGACGGCAUGUUGCACACCCAGUGUGGGACCCCUGCUUACGUGGCGCCGGAGGUCCUGAGGAAGAAAGGGUACGACGGAUCCAAGGCUGACAUCUGGUCCUGCGGCGUUGUGCUCUUCGUCUUGCUCGCUGGGUUUCUUCCCUUUCAGGACGAGAACCUCAUGAAGAUGUACAGGAAGGUUUUCAAAGCUGAAUUCGAGUGUCCGCCAUGGUUUUCGACCGAGGCGAAACGUCUGGUUUCGAAACUCCUGGUCUCCGACCCGGAGAAACGCAUCACCAUCCCUGCCAUCAUGCGCGUGCCUUGGUUUCGCAAGGGGUUCACGAGGCCCGUGGCGUUUUCGGUGCCCCAGGAACUUGUUUGUGAAAAGUCCGAAGAGGAAGAAGUGCAAAGCGAUGUUCAAAGGGACAAGUCGUCGUCGCCCAAGUUCUUGAACGCGUUCGAGUUCAUUUCGUCCAUGUCUUCCGGGUUUGAUUUGUCGAAUUUGUUCGAGAGGAAGCGGAAGGCGGGGUCCAUGUUCACGUCCAAGUGCUCAGCCACGGCGAUCAUGGCGAAGAUUGAGCUGGUUGCCAAGGGGCUGAGCUUCAAAGUGGCCAAGGUGAAGGACUUCAAGAUAAGGCUGCAAGGGCCCAAUGAGGGAAGGAAAGGGCGACUUUCGGUGACGGCAGAGGUGUUCGAGGUGGCGCCGGAGGUGGCGGUGGUGGAGUUUUUGAAAUCGGCCGGCGAUACUUUGGAGUAUGCUAAGUUCUGUGAGGAAGAUGUUAGGCCAGCAUUGAAAGACAUUGUUUGGACAUGGCAAGGUGACGGUGACGGUGACGGUAAAGCCGAGGGUGAUCAACAAGACUCAUGAUGAAAGAUUAAUGCUAAAACUUAAAGUUAAUAGUAACAAUCUUGGAAAUAUUGACCCUAAUUAGGGUUUUCGGUGUUCCACUUUUGUAGUUGAUUUUUACUUUUGGUUUUGGUUUUUUUGGUUUGUUUUGGGUUUAUUAGGAUUAGUUUGUACAUAUUUUUGUGAUUAGCAUGCUAAUUAGUAUGUGAGUUUUGAAUACAAGUUUGGAUGGAGGUUUAUACAAUGAAAGCAUGAGGCAGCUGUUUUUGUUU